AUGGGUCGUGUCCAACCCCGCACAGCUGGCUCCAGGCCGGCCCAGGCCUCAGGGGGCGGGGCCAGGCCCAGUUCUCUGCAGGAGAGGAGCAGCGGCAGCUGGACCAAGCAAAUCCUUUGCAGGUAUUAUCUGCAUGGGCAGUGCAAGGAGGGGGAGAACUGUCGGUACUCCCAUGACCUCUCUAGGCGGCAGAUGGCCAGGGAGCGCCAUGCUUCCCCGACUCGGGCCUCUGCAGACAGAGACCCUAGUGAGGCUGCGCAGAGCCAUCCCCCGACUCAGGAAGAGCCGGAAGCCCCCCCUUCUGCAUCCUCAAGCUCCUUGCCUGUGAUUGGCUCGGCUGCUGCAAGGUGUUUCUUUGAAGCCGAGACAGACAAUGCAGGACUUGAAGCUGCUGGAGGAGGAGCAGGUGCGGAAGGCUGGGUGGGUGCAGCUGAGUUUGUACCUGGGCAGCCCUACCGAGGUCGCAUGGCUCUUUCACAGGCUCCCCUGGUUCCCCUGGCCCCCCUGGCCCCCCUGGUCCCCCUGGCCCCCCUGGCCCCCCUGGCUCCCCUGGCUCCCCUGGUUCCCCUGGCUCUAGCUCCACUGGCUCCUCUGCCUCCUCUGCCGAGCCCAAGCCCGGUGAUUGCAAGAGGACAGAUGGUGGGGGGCAUGUGGAUGCCGCUCUGCCGCUAUGCUGCCAGGGGACAAUGCUUUUACGGGGAGAGCUGUGCAUUCCUCCAUGGUGAUGUAUGCGACAUGUGUGGGCUGCAGGCCUUGCACCCUGUGGAUGCUGCCCAGAGGGAAGCCCAUAUAAGGGCCUGCAUUGAAGCACACGAGAGGGAUAUGGAGCUCUCGUUUGCUGUGCAGCGCAGUAUGGACAAGGUGUGUGGCAUCUGCAUGGAGGUUGUCUAUGAGAAAAUCGAGCCCAGCGACCGCCGCUUUGGCAUCCUUUACAGCUGCAACCACACCUACUGUCUCACCUGUAUUCGCACAUGGAGAAGUGGCACACAAUUCGAGAGCAGAAUCAGUAAAUCCUGUCCACAGUGCAGGGUCUCCUCCAGCUUUGUCAUUCCCAGUGAGUUCUGGGUGGAGGAUGGGGAAGAGAAGGAGAAGCUUAUUCAGCAGUAUAAGGAGGGAAUGAGACACAAGGCCUGCAGGUAUUUUGCUGAGGGCAGGGGUCACUGCCCCUUUGGCGAGAACUGUUUUUACAAGCACGAGUACCCUCGGAGCCAGGGAGGGCAGUAUCCCAGGCCAGGUGGUGGAUCAUCCAGCGCAUAUUGGCAUCAAGUUCUGGAGCCCAUGCAGGUUCGAGAGAGCAACAGGGUCUUUAAGAGAGGUAAAAAGGAGCUUGUCGCACUUUGCCUGGCCAAUCUGUUGUUUAAGAAGUUUCUUGCACUGAGAAAUGGUAUUCCUUUCUCUGAUGACCAGUGGCUCUUGCUUUAUUAUCAGCUAGAAGAAUAUUUUAUUUGAAUCUGUAGCAUCAGCUAUGGUGAGUGGUGUAGUCUCCCGAGGUUCGGUCGUCUUCUGUUGCCUGUUCUCCCUUUUUGAUUGACACAUAUAUUGCUUUCCUGGCUAUUGAGGCAAUCUUUACGCAGUGUUUCUCUCUCAUUUUCUUGUGUACAGGCCCCACCCCUUAUUCUCUCUAUAGUAUUAUGGUGUUUUGCUGUGUUAAAAAACAAAAAGUCCUCAAAACUGUUGUUGGAUGAAAUUAAUAUUGCUGUCCAGAUGGCUUGUUUUGUCGUGUCUGUUUUCAAAAAGAUUCAUUCAGUUUUAGUCCAGUGUUUACAGAGUUUCCACACUCAUUGUGAAAUCCCUCAAGAGUAAAUGUGACAGGGUGAAAAAUAUCUUAACUAAAUUAUGAGCUUUUUGCUACAAUAGCCUUAAAAAGUGGACCCUUGCAGGUCCUUGCAGCUGCUGUUUGUUUACAUGCCUUGCCUGUGUUUUUCCUUCCCUUUCAAGUGCACUUGUUAACUUGUGGUUAUAUUGUGAUUUCUCCUUUACUUGACCAAAACCAGGAGCAUAUGUUUACACGUUUUUAUCCUGUUCAGUUUAAUGUGAAAUUAUUUAUAUUUGGAAGUAUAUAUUUGAGAGUUAUAUAUAUUAUGCAUAUAUGUGGAAAGUUAUGUAUUUGAAAAAUAUUCAAAAGAAUAUA